AGCAGCAGUUAAAUACAAGACGCCAGCGCAAACAUGGGCGACGUGAUGAACAUCGACAGCAUAAUAUCGCGACUUCUGGAGGUGCGUGGGGCACGGCCAGGCAAGAAUGUCCAGCUCUCGGAGAGCGAAAUUCGUGCGCUGUGCCUGAAGUCGCGCGAGAUCUUCCUCUCGCAACCGAUUCUCCUGGAACUGGAGGCACCGCUCAAGAUCUGCGGCGACAUCCACGGCCAGUACUACGAUCUGUUGCGUCUGUUCGAGUACGGCGGCUUCCCGCCGGAGUCGAACUACCUGUUCCUGGGCGACUACGUCGAUCGCGGCAAGCAGUCGCUGGAGACCAUCUGCCUGCUGCUCGCCUACAAGAUCAAAUACUCGGAGAACUUCUUCCUGCUGCGCGGCAAUCACGAGUGCGCCAGCAUUAAUCGCAUAUACGGAUUCUACGACGAGUGCAAGCGUCGCUACAGCAUCAAGUUGUGGAAGACCUUCACCGACUGCUUCAACUGCCUGCCGGUGGCGGCUAUCGUGGACGAGAAGAUCUUCUGCUGCCACGGCGGCCUGAGUCCCGAUUUGACCUCCAUGGAGCAGAUCCGCCGCAUCAUGCGGCCCACCGAUGUCCCGGAUCAGGGCCUCCUCUGCGAUCUCCUCUGGUCCGAUCCCGACAAGGAUACCAUGGGCUGGGGCGAAAACGAUCGCGGCGUUAGCUUCACAUUCGGCGCCGAGGUGGUGGCCAAGUUCUUGCAGAAGCACGAGUUCGAUCUCAUCUGCCGGGCCCAUCAGGUCGUCGAGGAUGGCUACGAGUUCUUCGCCAAGCGCCAGCUGGUCACCCUCUUCUCGGCGCCCAACUAUUGCGGCGAGUUCGACAAUGCCGGCGCCAUGAUGUCCGUGGACGACACGCUGAUGUGCUCGUUCCAGAUCCUCAAGCCCGCUGACAAGCGUAAAAAGUAAUAUCACCACGAGCAGUCUUUUUCUAUAUUAAAAAAAAAAACAAAAUCAAUAAGAAAACAACCCAAAACCAAUCAAGAAACAACAAGAAAAACACACCCAACAACAACCCGAAAUAAAAUGCAAAUGCUUUGAAAGAAAACCACAUCAGAUCAUGGAUGAAAAACCCGGGGCGAGUCAACAAAAUCCACAAGAAAAUCCCUCGACAAACAGCCAGCGAAAUGCAUGGAGGAGCUGCGCCUCAAAGGACAUCAUCCUGGGUCCCCAGCAAGAGAAUGAAGUUUUCCUUCCCUUCCCCCAUUGAGAUUUUAUUCGCAAUUACAAAAACACAUUGACAAAUACCAUGAUUAAAAGCCACAUACAUAUUUAUUUUUAA